AUGGAUCCAGAUUCAGAUGAAUUUGACGAGGAGGGCAACUAUGAUCCUGAUCCGUCCUGGAAUGAACCGGUCCAAACGGAGGAUUACGAUCAGGCCUGGAUACCUACGAACUCCCCGAGAACCACGACUCCUGCAUCACCUCUUUUGCCUCUACCUGACAUCAGAACCACAACAACUGAAUCCGGUUGGAGAAAGACCUCCACAGAUCCGGUUCCCCCAGUCAGAUCCACCCAGUAUGGUCCAGUCCGGAGUCAUUCUGACGAGACAGCACGGCGCGGUACUUCCACACGUCCACCGGAGGUCACUGAGUCAACAAAAACCAAAGGAGACGCUGACUUCAGCGGCAACGCUCCCGUUUACGCCACAACAACCGCCAAGGACGCCUUCAUUUCCACGUCCUCUACUCCUGUGUACUCCAGCGCAAAGACAGGUGGUGCUCCUCGAGGAGUCACUCCAAAAGACUCGUACGAAAAAGGUAGCUUUGGAACCACAACGCCUUCAUUCACCAGCACAAAGACAAAAAGUGCUAUUUCUUCAGUCAGCUCCACCACGACAUCGCUGCGGUCUCGGACCAGCGACGUGAGCAGCACGACAUCAUCGUCCUUCAUCCAAGCCGAGGUCGACCGAGGUUUAGGACGUCCCUUAAAAGAAGACACCACCACGGCAGAUGGAGGUGCGUCUGCUGGACAAGAGAUCCAACCUUCGACCACCCAACCUUCCUCCUCAAGUGAAGCCGUGAAGCCACGUAGGCCCGCAAGUCCCAGCAUGCCUCAUUUUUCGUCCACCACGCCAUCUGUCCGGUUGAGUGGCGUUCUCUUGCAGACCACACAGCCGCUGUCCAACGCCACGGCGUCUGCAGUCACGGAUCUCUGGUUCUCGGCUUCAGACGAGAUCUCCACCCUACAAUCCUCUGCCCUCCCUCCCUCCCCCACAGCCUCCCCCUUCACUCCCACCCCAGAAGGAAAUGUGUUAGACGCGAGCAGCAGCGCCUCCGGCUCGGCCCUGUUCCCCGACUCCCAGGAGGGCGUAGAUCAGGAGUGGGACAGGGUUCAAACCUCGGCCUCUGGAGAGAGCGCGUCCCCUUAUUCAACCACAAACCCCCCGUCUGCGACCUCCGAAUCCGGCCAGUCCCCCGACGAUUUGGACGAACGCUCCUCGGCGUUCUAUUUUGAAAGCGAGAGCGGCAGCGCCAUGGCCUCGGAGGUUGGAGGCGCAUCGACGCCGAUCAUUCCUGCGGUAACCUCGGCGACGCCCUGGUCUCUGGGCGGGGAGGAGGAGAGCGGCUCGGGACAGGGCGAGAGCCUGUACGACAAUGAGACGUCCUCUGACUUCAGUCUCUCCGAGCGCACGGAAAGAGAGUCGGAGGAGGAGGAGCCAGUCGCAGGUAAAAACGCCGUCCGUCUGGGGGAAAAAACUGCAUCACAUCUGCGAUCAGGAAGAGUCCUGGACAUCAGAAAGAUGACUAAUCCACCAUCUGUCAACAAAUCUGCAUUUCACCUUUUUUCAUUUUUCUCUGUGAAAGCGAUAAAAUUCAUGCAUGCAAAGUUAAGCGCCACCAAACAGGAUCCAAAAACGCCGAUGAACCAUCACUUUCUUCAUCGUCAUUGAGACGCGUUAAUUUUAGUCAGUCAUCCUUUUUCUAAACCACUCCCCAACUGUUCCCAACUCACUCCCACUCCGUCUUAGACCUCACCCUCAAAGCUGAAGGAUAGAAAUACGGCAGCAAGCUUUGGGACAAACUUCUGUGUGCGGUGCAAAAAGUCGAGACAAAUUUAUUUCUAAAGCACAUUUCAGUUUACCCGGUGAUACCGUCUGAAACACCCGCCGACGUAAAAAAACAGUCUGCAGCUUUCGAUGCAAUAA